AUGGGCGCCCCAGCCCCCAAAAGGCAAAAAUGCGACCACUGGACUUCAUGCCCCCCGAACACCUAUGCCUACCGGCUGCUCAGCGGAGGUGGCAGGAACAAGUAUGCCAAAAUCUGCUUUGAAGACAAGCUGCUCAUAGGAGAAAAGACUGGAAAUGUAGGGAGAGGAAUAAAUAUUGCCAUUGUCAACUAUAUGACUGGGAAAGUGAUAGCAGCACAGUAUUUUGAUAUGUAUGAAGGUGAUAACUCCGGACCGAUGACAAAGUUCAUUAAGGGUGCCCCUGGGAAGUCCCUGCUCUUCAUGGUGACGCACGAUGAUGGCAGCAGCAGGCUGAAGGAGGACGCCAAGAAGGCCAUAGAAGCACUUGGGAGUAAAGAAAUCAGGAACAUGAAAUUCAGGUCGAGCUGGGUGUUUCUCACAGCUAAAGGCUUUGAACUUCCUGCAGGAAUUCAGAGAGAAAAGAUCAACCACUCCAAUAACGCGAAGAACAGGUACCCGGGCUGGCCAGCAGAGGUACAGAUAGAGGGCUGCAUACCCAGAGAAGCAAGCUGAUGUCAUGCAGCCUUAAUAAAGGUGCUGUUUCUAUAGACAAAUGCAUCCUGGGGUGGCCCACGCAGCUUAUCCAACAGUCAAUAUUUGAUUUGGGGGUUUGUUGUCAACUGGCUAAUAUUUGCUAGUUGUAUGACGUCUUGGCACACCGUAUUUCUAUGCCAGUAUUUAUAUGGUGAAGAUAUUAAUGAGCAGGAAGACUGGAAUGGACUUCCUUAAAGGGAACGAGGAAGGUUAACCAGGAAAGGAGAGGGUCGGGGAAGAAACCACUGCUUGUCCAGGUGUGCAGCUCUUCCAUGAUCAGAUCUAAGUUUGACCCCAAAGCUCAGACAGCUCUGCAGAGAGGAAAGCUUUCUUCCUUUCGCACCGAGCACGCCCUCAUUUCGGAUAGUCUAGGAAAGUGAGCCGCAGCCACAGGGCUUGGCGACUCCAGCUGCCUCGGUCAACGCCAGUGGAGGCCUUGAACUCUUCCUGUGGAACCCUGAACCCACUCUUUCAUCACACAAAUCUGGGUGCCUGCUACUGUCUGCCCCCAGGGGUGCAGUAGGGAACUGGGCGCGGUCUCUGCCUUCCUGCAGGGGUGUCACUCCAGUGCCAGCCUGUUUAAUGGGGUGGGGAGGGGGGGGAAUAUCAGACCACCCAGACAGCAGUGACUCACACCGUUGAUUUCUCCUUCGAGUUACCUGUGGGCCACAGGUCAGCUGUGGCUCAGCCCUGGGUGCUGGGAGCCAAGCCAGAGGUGGGUCCCUAGCAAGCACCGAGGCCAGAGAGAGCUGAAAUCUACAUGCCCUGAGUUCCUGCCAGGACAAGGUGUGAGUCCCACCCACCUCCUAGAAUCCAGUUGCCCAGGUCCAGCUGGGGAUAAGUCAACAGUGUGGCAGUGGGUGGGGCGCCUGGCCUCCCACAAAGAAGGGGGAACUACUUGGAAUACAAUGACUGUUAACAGCCAGGCGGGACUCAGGGCCACAGAGGAUCUGGGGCCUGCUAUCCCCUGCCCUGAGCAGUGGUCCCUCAGGGAUUCAGGACCCCUCCCUGUAGAGGCGUCUGCAUAGGAUCUUGGCUUGGUAUGAGCUACAUUCUGUUCCCCCAAAAUCCAUAAGUUGAGUCCUAACUCCCAGCACCUAAAAAUGUGACCUUAUUUGGAAAUAAGGUCAUUGCAGUUGUACUAAGUUAGAGUAGGGUGGCUCCGAAGCCUACAUGGCUGGUGUCUUUAUAUAAAGCGGACAUUUGGACACAGAUACGCACACCUGGAGAGGCCACGUGACGGUGAAGGCAGAGGUCGGGGUGCUACAUCUACAAGCCAAGGAACCCAAAGAUGGCCCGCAGCCUCUGGAAGCAAGGAGAGGCCAGGACGGACGCUCCCCCAGAGCCUUCAGAGGGAGCGUGGCCCUGCGACACCUUGAUCUUGGACUUCUGGCCUUAAAAACUGUUCAAGAGAAUAAAUUGUUGUUGUUUAA